GAGCUCUCGAUUGGAUGAAACUGUGAACAGCUUAUUUAUGUCAAGUGCAUGGUUAAAUAAAUCCAUGUUCUUGGAACCACGUGAUAUAUACUCUCUGCACGUGAUACAGGAUUACUCGCUGGUGGUGGCUGGCUGGGUGCUGUUUGGUAGGGGAAAAGUGAACGAUGUCAUGUCGUUGAGUCAUAUACGUCAUUUGUGUAUUGUGAUCCUGGGUGGUAUAUUUGUGACAGAUUAAGUAUUAGAAAGGUUCCGCGCCUGUUGAAAUAGUGGUUUUUAGCGAAGUAUUGUGUAGCUUCAAAGUGCCAUUAUUCCUAGCGUGCUGUCAAUAUCGUAGAUUAAACAUUUUGUGAGUUGGCGUUGAAUUUCUCUUUGUGUAUUCUUGGUGCUUUUUGAAAUUGUCAUUUUGAAAAUGUCUGUGUCAACUAUGGAAAAGCAUCUUUUUAAUUUGAAGUUUGCUGUGAAAGAACUUGAGAGAAAUUCUAAAAGAUGCGAAAAAGAAGAAAGAGUGGAAAAGCAAAAAUGUAAGAAAGCAAUUCAGAAAGGUAAUGUUGAAGGAGCUCGUAUCCAUGCAGAAAAUGCCAUUAGGCAGAAAAAUCAAUCUUUAAAUUAUUUACGCAUGAGUGCUAGAGUAGAUGCUGUGGCCAGUCGUGUUCAAUCAGCCCUUACCACUCGACGCGUUACUCAAUCCAUGGCUGGAGUUGUGAAGGCCAUGGAUGCAGCUAUGAAAUCAAUGAAUCUUGAAAAAAUAUCAAAUCUUAUGGAUAAAUUUGAAACCCAAUUUGAAGAUUUGGAUGUUCAGAGCUCCUACAUGGAGAAUACAAUGUCACAAACAACUACCACCACUGUCCCUCAGGGAGAUGUGGACACUCUUAUGCAACAGGUUGCAGAUGAAGCUGGGUUGGAACUAAAUAUGGAAUUGCCAGAAGGACAAACUGGAACAAUUGGCACAUCAACACAAGUAUCGCAAGAACAAGAUGAAUUAACCCAACGACUAGCUCGUCUUCGACAAAUGUGAAAUUGUGUUGUUCUUUUUUUGUCCCUUAUAUGGAAUUUUUGUUUGAUGUUUCCCAUCCAAGAUCACUGCAAGUUAGAUAUAACGCCAUUCAUGUUGUAUGUCCUGACUAGACAUGGAAGAUUGGCAGUGAUUGCAUUGAAUGAUAUGAUAUGAUCUGAACUAGCAAUAUUGCUUAGUUCUUUUUAAUGAAGCAGUCGUUAGUGUAUUAAUGAAAACUUGCUAGUACUAACACCCAAUUUUCUUUGAUGCAGAUAUAUUUUUGGUUUCAAGUGAAGAAAUACAUCAGGCUUACUAGCAUAUAUGCUUAUUUUUAGGAGUGCUGUGUUAUGUAAUGUUGCUGUGAAGAGUAUAAUAUUAAAUUAAAAUUCUGUACGGUGUGUUGAGGUUUUUCAUUAUUCCUUGAGGAAAUUAUUAAUAUUGAUCUUGCAACUUUUUUCUAUUAUACACUAUGUGGCAUUAUAUUUGUCUUGCUGAAGCUCACUUUUCUAUUUAAUUUUUUGUACUGCAGUAAGAAACAACAUCCUGAUGGAAAAGUAGAUAUUUUAAAUGCAUUACUCUGUAAAUCAAUUCUGUAAAUGUUUUUAUAAAGAUGAUUUGCAUUCAUUUAACUAUGCCCAAGAAAUAUUUUAACAUCUUGUUUUAUUGUGACCUGAAAGCACAUUUUCUGUUGAUGCCAGGAGUUCCUUUGAUCAAUGUCCCGAAGGGGCAAUUUUUACUUUCUCAUAUUCAUACAUGUGUACAGAGUAAUAUAUGUAGUAUUGAAAAAGUUUUAUAGUACUGUGAAAAAUCAAUUGCAAGAAUUUAAUGGUAAUGCAAGGGUUCGGGAAUUUCAGGGUCCCCGUAUAUCAAAAAAGUUUCCAAAUACUGACUCCGGCCGCGGAAGCCUACGCUCUCUCCAUAAUGUCUGUCUGUCAACAUUUUAAUCUAAACUAUUUAU